AUGGCCGAGGACGGGAGGGAGCGGGCGGAGGACGCCACGGGGACGGCGAAGAAGGCCAAGCAGGGCGGCUUCAGGACCAUGCCCUUCAUCCUAGCGAACGACUUCUGCGACCGGCUGGCGACGGUGGGGUUCGGCUCGAACCUGAUCUCGUACCUCACCCUGCAGCUGCACCUGCCGCUGGUGGAGGCCUCCAACGUGCUCACGAACUACCACGGCACCACCAACCUCACGCCGCUCGUCGGCGGCCUCAUCGCCGACUCCUUCGCCGGCCGCUUCUGGACCAUCACCGUCGGCUCCAUCAUCUACCAGCUCGGCAUGGUCUGCCUCACCCUCUCCGCCGCGCUCCCCUCGCUCCGCCCGCCGCCCUGCGCCAAGCACGCCGCCGAGUGCCAGCGCGCCUCCACCUACCAGAUCGCCAUCCUCUACCUGUCGCUGCUCUGCACGUCCAUCGGCGCCGGGGGCUCGCGGCCCUGCAACAUGGCGUUCGGCGCCGACCAGCUCGAGCUGGGCGCGCGCCGGCGCCGGAGCGCCAACGGCGGCAAGGCCCCCAUGUGGAGCUUCUUCAACCUGUACUUCUUCGGCAUCGAGCUCGCCAAGCUCACGGCGGUCACCGUGGUGGUGUACAUCCAGGAGAACGUCGGGUGGGGGUGGGGGCUCGGCGUGCCCACCAUCGCCAUGUUCGUCGCCGUGAUCGGCUUCGUGUCCGGGUACUCGCUAUAUGUCAGGAUGCCCCCCGGCGGCAGCCCGCUUGUCCGGCUGGCACAGGUCGUGGCUGCUGCGUUUAAGAAGAGGAAAGCAGUCGUGCCGGACCCGGACCUCCUGUACGAGGACAAGAAGCUCGACGCCGGCAUCUCCACCACCGGCCGUCUUCUCCACACCAACCAGCUAAAGUUCUUUGACAAGGCGGCCAUAGUGACGGAGGGCGACGUUCUGCCGUCCGGCGAGCCGAAGCUGUGGCGGCUGUCGACGGUGCACCGGGUGGAGGAGAUCAAGUCGAUCGUCCGCAUGCUGCCCAUCUGGGCGGCGGGCAUCCUCAUGGUGACCGCGUCGUCGCACAACAGCAGCUUCGCGAUCCAGCAGGCGCGCACCAUGGACCGCGACAUCACGCGGAGCUUCAAGAUCCCGCCGGCCUCCAUGCUCAUCUUCACCAACCUCGCCAUGCUGGUCACCCUCGCCUUCUACGACCGGGUGCUCGUCCGCGUGCUCCGCCGCUUCACCGGCCGCCCCAACGGCAUCACCCACCUCCAGCGCGCCGGCGUCGGCAUGACCAUCGCCAUGCUGGCGAACGUGGCCGCGGCAGCCGUCGAGACCAGGCGGAAGUCAGUGGCCGCCGCCAGCGGCAUGCUGGACGCGCCCAAAGGCGCCACCCUGCCCAUCAGCGUCUUCUGGCUGGUGCCGCAGUACGCCAUCCACGGCAUCGCCGACGCAUUCAUGGACGUCGGCCGCAUGGAGUUUCUGUACGACCAGGCGCCGGAGAGCAUGAGGAGCACCGCGGCGGCGCUCUACUGGCUCACCAUCUCGGCGGGGAGCUACCUCGGCACGCUGCUGGUGACCAUCGUGCACGAGAAAACGCAGGCCAGCGGGCAGUGGCUGCAGGACAACCUCAACAGAGGGAAGCUGGAUAACUACUACUGGCUCGUCGUCGGGCUGCAGGGGCUCAACCUCGUCUACUACUUCGUAUGUGUCAAGUACUACACUUUUAAGCCAUUGGAGACGGAGGUCGAGCACCAACCUGGCCAUGGAAAUGGCACCCAGAGCACCAAGAAGGGUGUAAGCUACAAGUAA